AUUGCGCGUCAGAUUUUGGUGCAAGGCGUGAAGCGCGGGGAGGAUGGUGCUUCAAGGAGCCGCUGGUUUUCUUGAUUAGAGGAAGCGGUAGAUGUAGGUUGGUGCGCCUCGGUGUGCGCGGUUGAAGACACACAGUCUGCAGUGAGUGGCUUUAAAGCCACGUUGAAAGCCAGAAGUGGAGAUCUGCGCUAGCGGGUAUUGAACUGCUGCUGAGGAACUUCCUAUGGGGAUGUACACAGCUUCUCCUGGGAGUCGCACCUCAUAUGGCUGGGGAAGGCCCACCGUGGGGAGAUGUGUUCUCCGGGCCUGGCCAUGCAGGAUAAGCCUGCAUUUAAGCACUCCAUCCGAGUGCCAGGCCUGGCACUUGACAUUUAGGGAGGCUGGGCAGCUGCGCUGGCUUUCACUUAGUCAUCUCGUGUUGCAUUAGCCUCCGGUCAGUGCAGUUGCUAAUGCAGAGUUACUGGGCGUUGUGGAACUUGGAUAUAGAUUCAUUGCACAUUCACAGGGAUGGUUUCCCACAUUUUAAAGUCAGGAUUAGUUGUUUUCAGAUUUGUGCAUUAAUGUUAAACAGAAGAAAUGCUGCCAUUUGAGAUUGUUCUAAAACCUCCUAAGCGCAUGGAUUCGGUAGUUUAUGGCCCAGGUGUUGAGCUGUCAGGCAUUAAGUACAAUGUGCCUUUGAUCUGCAUGUGCCCGAAGGCACUCUCGAGUCCUUAAGGACACCCUGACCAGGGCCUGAAUUUUGUAUGGAGGAAGCAGUGGGUAAUGCUUGCCUGUCCUCCAGAGUAACCGUGCACUAAGGUGUAAGGACCAAGCAGGAGCUUCACUCCAUUUCUCCAAUGCACGACACAGCACAGCUGAGCCAGGGUUUAUGGUAUUUGCGGUGGUAAAGGCCAGUAAAAAAAUGACAGUGUUUUCCUGAAACAGCAAGGGAAUUAUGUUUCAGACAGUGCAGCGUGAAGCCUGAAGGAAAAAUAUAAAACGUGGAAGGAGAGAGAUUUCAUUGUGGGGAAGGGACAGGAGAGAUGUCAAGCUGAACCAGGAUCAGGAGUUAACAAAAUUAGAGUGAAGAACUGGCCGUGUUGUGACUGAAGGUAUCCGAAGAAAACCUUAAGGAAGAUCAGAUCAGCUCUGCAGUGUAUCUUCCAAGUCUGUUGCCAGUCUACAAUUGCAUGGCUUUUGGAGGAUCUUUGUUACACAUUCUGAACAGCAGAUAACAUUUGCCCAACCAUAUAACCGUGUUGCCUAAAAUUUGAUACCAGCUGUAGAGUAGAUGGCUCAGCUUCCUCCUGGCAUUCGCUUCAUCACUUUAUUUUCAAGAGAUCAGUGGUAUAGAGCCUUCAUUUUCAUUCUCACUUUCUUGUUAUAUGCCAGCUUCCAUUUAUCAAGGAAACCUAUUAGUAUAGUUAAGGGAGAGCUGCAUAAGCACUGUGCUGCUUCACAUGAAGUUGAACUCAACUCCUACAGAGAAUAUGCUGCCCAGAUUCAGCCUGUCAAAAAGCCAUCUAAUGUGUCUCGAUGUGGUUGGGAGCCAUUUGAUAAGAACAACUACAAGCAAUUACUAGGAGCACUGGAUUACUCAUUUCUGUGUGCAUAUGCAAUUGGAAUGUAUCUGAGUGGUAUAAUAGGGGAACGGCUACCUAUCCGGUACUAUCUGACAGUCGGAAUGCUUGCUAGUGGACUCUUCACUGCAAUGUUUGGACUAGGUUAUUUCUAUAAUAUACAUAACCUGUGGUUUUACAUAAUGGCCCAGAUAGCUAAUGGGUUGGUGCAAACUACUGGUUGGCCAAGCGUCGUUACGUGUAUUGGUAACUGGUUUGGAAAAGGAAGGAGAGGUUUGAUCAUGGGAAUGUGGAAUUCCCAUACCUCAGUGGGAAAUAUCUUGGGAUCCUUAAUUGCUGCUUACUGGGUGUCUACCUGCUGGGGUCUGUCCUUUGUAGUGCCUGGUGUUAUCAUUGCUGUGAUGGGGAUUGUUUGCUUCCUGUUUCUUAUUGAACACCCUAAAGAUAUAAGUUGCUCCUGCACACCAUCUAGCAGUUCUAAAGCCUUCCUGAACGGUGCAGGUCGAGUCAGAGUCCAGAUGCCAACCUUAAAUGCUAAGGAAACCUGCAAAUCUCAGGAUUAUGCAUGGAGACAGAGAGUUCUAAAUAUGAGCAGUUAUUCACAGGAAUCCUGCUUAAAACCUGAUCCAGAGAUGCAGCAUUUGCUUAUUGACAGUGAAAACUGCACCGUGUCACUGAACUCUGGCACUGCAGUCCCUGCAGAAGGUAGACAUGGGACAUCAGCUAUCAGCUUCCUUGGGGCCUUGCGAAUACCUGGAGUCAUAGAGUUCUCUCUUUGUCUUCUGUUUGCGAAAUUGGUCAGCUAUACUUUCCUCUUCUGGCUUCCCCUCUAUAUCACAAAUGUCGAACAUCUUGAUGCCAAAAGAGCUGGAGAUCUUUCUACACUGUUUGAUGUGGGUGGAAUCUUUGGUGGAAUAUUGGCAGGCCUGAUUUCAGAUCGGCUAGAGAAGAGGGCAUCGACCUGCGGAAUGAUGUUAUUGCUGGCAGCACCCACACUGUACAUGUUCUCUGCAGUCAGUAAAAUGGGCCUUGAGGCUACUAUAGUGAUGCUGCUUAUCAGUGGUGCCCUGGUGAAUGGCCCUUAUGCACUGAUCACCACUGCUGUCUCUGCUGACUUGGGCACCCAUAAAAGCCUGAAAGGGAAUGCAAGAGCCCUGUCCACAGUGACUGCAAUCAUCGAUGGAACAGGAUCCGUAGGUGCGGCUUUGGGGCCUCUCUUAGCUGGUCUCAUCUCCCCAUCUGGUUGGAACAAUGUGUUUUACAUGCUGAUGGUGGCAGAUGCAUGUGCCUUGCUAUUCUUACUCCGUCUUAUACAGAAGGAACUCCGGUGUAAUACAGAUUAUACCCUGUUUAAAGAACACUGAGCUAGGAGACCAGACUUGGAAUAAAGACUGUGUAAUUGAUCAGAGCUCUUCCCUGGAAAAAGCUUUGUGGAACAUGCUACUCUAUACUUAAGAGAUUCUACUUGGUGAAGAAUUUUGCACAUUUACCAGAAGCAACUUGAGAAGUGCAACUGGUAAAUCCCUGAAGCUCUUAUUUUUGCACAUGAAUAAGUACCUCAGGAUAGCAACUAUUCAUCAGAUGGAGAGACAGCAGCUUCAGGAAGCUGCUAGCAGAGCGCCUCAACUGAGCCAAAGAGAAAUACCAAGUGCCUUUUAUUUCUUUUGAUAGGAUGUUUUUAAUUACAAUCUUAAGCUUUGUAUUUUCAAAAAACUAGUCAAAAAUAGAGCACAAGGAAGUUGAAAUCGUAAUAGUCUAGCAGUGGAAUGUCCCAGUGGUAUUAGCAAAUGUCGAUAAGCAAAGUAUCCCUUAUGUUACCUUGUGCACAUCAAGGGCAUCACUUCAUAGAGGACAAUACCAGCUGGCUAUUAAGAUACACUACUAUUUAGUAUUUUGAAGCUGCUCAGACAAUGAUAACCUGAUCAUAUCAUUAGAUAUUAACUACAGCACUAAUUCUAAUCCCAAGGACAACAUCUGAACUUUUUGUAGAUAAUGAAAUGGAAUUUACAGUUGCAGUGUACUGCAGUAAGCAGUUUUUUACAGACUUUCUGAAUAGAUGUUAGUCCACAGUUAGGAUUGUGCGAAAAGGAGUCCUAAGCUGGCAAAAAGCUCUUUGUGAGUCAGAAUUUCCAGUAAGGGACUCUAAUGAUUUUCAGGGCAUUAUAAACUGGUUGUGCAAAGGUGACGUAAUAGUUGUGCUACUCUUCUAGGUCAGGUUGAAAUGAGAUGUUCCUUUGGGGUGAGAGAACUGCAAGCUGUCAUACCUCAGUACUGCAGAAUUAGAAAGAUUAGCUGUUUUAGUUCCCAGUGCCACAGUGAUCUCAGUUGGGCACUCCCUGAUUUCUGUGGUGUUGUGUGCAUAUGGAAGUCAUUUUCAGAUCAGGGCCUUAAUAAUCAGAAAUCUCUUUCAAGUGGCUAAUUUCAAGUGGCUCUGAAUUUCGAAUUCAGAGACAAAAUAUGUAUAUAUGACAAAAAAAGUCCUAGAUGGUAGGUUGUAAGAGAACAUUUCAGUAACUGGUGUUACCCAGCAACUGGAAAGGUUAAUGUCUUCAAAACAUAUCAUUUCUGCAUACAGCUAUCUCUUUUGCAAAACAGAUGUUUCUGUGAUUUUUUUAAGAUGUACAAAGUGAAAGAUUUUUUUUGUAUGAGGUGUUUAUACUUAGAUUACAAAGGUUAAAUAACUUAAACUGUGUAUUAUUCUUAACUGUAUUUAUUAAAGCUGUAGGUACAUGUCUUGUUCUAAACUGUGCUCUAAGCUUUGUGAAACAAUGCAGUAGUCUUUGUACUUGAUUAACAAAACAGCACUCUGUAAAAUAGUCCUGCAAAACAUAUGGAGAAAUGUCUCAUGAGCUGCUGGUGUUGUGUGCCAUGUCUUGGCACAAUAGUGAAUUUUCUGGGCUGUUUUGUAGUUGUGCAGUCUUUGAUCAGUUACUUCACUGGUUUGAUUCGGCAUGUGCUUUAUGCUUAACUUGAACAAUAUGUGUUCAUUUUUCUGUUUUGCUGCACAGAGGUACAGGGAACACCUCAGUCACACAAAGACUUAAGGCAGGUACCAAAGUCCUCAUAAAUGAGUCCUCUACAUAGGCUCUGAACCUGCGGCUACUCAGAUGAAUGAUUGACUUCACACUGUACGAGUAAACCUGUUGAUAUCGGUGGGAAUACUUGACAUGCACAAAAUGACUCACAUUUGUAAAUUUAUUCUGCAUUUCAGCUUUAGGCUGUAGUUUAACGCAACAGAGAGUUCUGCAGCAAUAUUGCUUGAAGGUAUUUCCAUCCCAGUGCAAUGGCACAGCACCCCUCUGUUGGCCAGUCUGAUUGUUGGUGGGACCAUUUGCCUCAUCAGGGGGCUAGUCUAGCCCAAGAUGGGGAAAAAUAACACUGCAACCCCAAAACAGCUGUGCUGGCACAACCUCAAGGACUAUGUGGGGAGAGUGGGGUAGAGGACUUCUUUAGCUGAAGAUGCCAAUCCCUCUUCCCCCCAAGAAGGUAUAUAGAACUGUACACUCACUUAUCAAAACAAUUGGUGCUCUUCAACUCUGCUUUGUCAAGAUUUUGUGAGUCUGUUCCCCAUGGGCCGAAGUCCUAGGUUAAAGUGCUUUUAGUUCUAUUUAACAGUUAGAUGUUGUAAAGAUGUUUAAUUAUGUUUUACUUGUUUUAGUUGUUGGGGCUGCUGCUGUUAUUUAUUUAUUUAUUUGAAAAGCUUUUGCACUGCAUUGACUCAGAUAUGGUAUGAUGACAAUGUUGGAGGUGCUGGGCUGAAUCUUCCUUCCAUUGAUUGCAAGAAGGAAUUAGGGCUCUUAACAUGCCGCUCUCUCCUUCCUUGCUAACAUGCAGCAUUUUGGUUCCUUCCAAUUAAGAAUUGUUGGACAAAAAUAUAAAGAUUGCUUUUCUUUCAUGACAACCUGAAAGAUCUCCCAAGUUCUGGACAAACUCUAUGUUUUGUUAGUAUUGGGUGUCAAUAUUCAUUAAUCUGGAAAUGAACAAGGCUGACAAAACUUUUUGUAUAGAAAUGUGAGUGACCAGUAGGUAGUGCUGAAUUUAAAUAUGACUACAGGUUGGUUUGUUUUUAAUGCUGGUUGUUGUGAAUUUUAUCUCUUUCCCUCCUGUGUUGAAUAAAAAUGCAUUCUGCUUUAAAAUGAAAAA